AUGAAGUUCAUCAUCCUUGAGCGGCAUGAAGCACCGGUGUUUUCUGGAUAUAUUUAUGUCAACGUUGGCAGUGCUGACGAAGUAUAUGGAAAUACUGGAAUUGCCCAUGUCUUUGAACACAUGGCGUUUAAGGGAACAACGACCCUCGGAACAAAAGGGUAUGAUGAAGAAAAAGCACUUAUGGACAAAAUGGAUGACCUGUUUGAUCAACUCAGAGCCCAAUGGGCAAAAGGAAAUCAUGCGGAUGCGGAAAAACUAGGUGAAUUAGAAGCGGAAUUUAAGCAGCUUCAAGAGGAAGCGUCUCAAUACUCCGAUGGCGAAGAAUAUACGAAAAUCUUAGAACAGGAAGGAGCUGUCGGUGUCAAUGCCGGCACAUCCGCUGAUUGGACUGCGUAUUUCUAUAGUCUUCCUUCAAAUAGGAUUGAGUUGUGGAUGGCACUCGAAUCGGAGCGAUUUAUUGACCCCGUGAUGCGAGAGUUUUUCAAAGAGAAAGAUGUCAUCAAAGAAGAACGGCGGAUGAGAACUGAGAGCAGUCCAAUCGGUAGGCUGAUUGAAGAACUCCAAGGACUGGCAUAUCUAGCGCAUCCCUAUGGUCAUCCAAUCAUCGGUCAUAUGUCAGAUAUCAAUACAACAACGCGAACAGAAGCCCUUCAGUUUUUUAGAGAAUACUAUACCCCUAGCAAUAUGGUCGCUGCGAUCAUUGGUGAUGUGAAUGCCGAUGAAGUUAUCCAGAUGGCGGAAAAAUACUUUGGUAGAAUGCCUGCUCGUUCAAAUCCACCCCGCGUUGAAACUGCCGAGCCAAAACAGCUAGGGGAACGACGCCUCAAAAUUGUAGAACAGACUCAGCCAUUCAUCGCUAUUGCCUAUCACAAACCGGAAGUCAGACACCCAGACAACGCUGUAUUUGGUGCAAUAACAGAUAUCUUGGCUUCGGGACGAACGUCACGUCUUUAUAAAAAAUUAAUUCGAGAUGAGAAGAUCUCAAUCUCUGCCGGUGCGUUCCCGGGAUUUCCGGGCGACAAAUACUCAAAUCUUUUCCUCUUUUAUUCAUUUCCUUCACAAGGACACACGAACGCGAAAAACGAAGAGAUGAUUUUGGCUGAAAUUGAGAUUCUUAAAACGGAGUUGGUUUCGGAGGCGGAACUGAAGAAAGUCAAAACGCUUGCAAAGGCCAGGAUUGAUUCGUUCGCUUCGUUCUAA